GCGUAUGUGUAUUGUUUAUAUUUUUCCGCACAACCAAAAAACAUUUGUUUAUUUCUUUAUUAAUAAAAUAUUGGUGUUACUAUGUCUGAUUAUGACAAUAUACGCAUCAAGAAACUUGUUUUAAAGGGUGAAAAACACAAGAAAAGCAAGAAACGUAAGAAGGAAAAAGAUGAACCGGGAUCUUCGAAGAAACCUAAGGUCGUGGUGGAUGAGGACGCAGUGGAGCAUGGCGGCUGGUGGUCGGCCAAGACAGCUGCAGACAUCACUGGCACUGUUUCCAUCGAAUUUGGAGAUCGCUCCUAUCUGAAGGCUUUGGAUAAUGGUUUGUUUACCCUGGGCGCACCACACAAUGCUGGAGAUGGCCCUGAUCCUGAAGAGAUAUUUACGGCCUUCCCGGUCAAUGACCGAAAAGUUUCCUUCAAAUCAGGUUAUGGAAAAUAUCUGAAGAUUGAAAAAGACGGCAUGGUCACGGGACGAUCUGAAGCUGUUGGCAGCAUGGAACAAUGGGAGCCAGUAUUUGAGGAUAACCGAAUGGCUCUGUUAUCGGAAACGGGACACUUUAUGUCCAUUGAUCCCGAAGACGAUGCUUGUGUGGCGCUAAGGAAAAAGGUUGGCGAACAUGAAGUAUGCAAAGUGCGGAGUAAUGCUUCAAGAGAUGUGGUCGUGGACACGGAGCCCAAAGAGGAAAAGGGUGACCUAGGCGAAGUUGAAAGGAAUUAUGUGAAAAAGUUCCAGAAAUUCCAAGAUAAAAAGAUGCGUAUUAACCAAAACAGCAUCAAGGAACUGGAAGACGCCAAAUCACAAGGAUCCUUGCAUGAAGCUCUUUUAGACAGAAGAAGCAAAAUGAAGGCAGAUCGGUAUUGCAAAUAGACACCUUUAUUCCAAUGGAAUA